AUGACCUACGCAACUUCGGUGCUCACCGAGUUCCAACGCCGCGCAGGGAAGGUCAUUUCGGGGGGCUUCAAGCUCGUCGGCGCUGACGCCCUCAACGCUGAGCUGCACCUACUGCCCCUCUAUCUUCAACUGCAGCAAGCCCAGCUCCAGGCCCUGACCCGAUUGGCCUCCUCGCCCCUAUACGACCAACUGCUGAGCCAUCGAACAACCCCUCCGAGUCAGGGCCCCCUAGCCAGCCCCCUCCUGGCCACUGCUAUCGAGCACGCUGCGGCCACCUUCAUGGAAGAGGCGCAGAUUGACGUGCUGGCCAUGGAGACACGCAUCCCCUACCCCGUGGCCCCCUGGUGGGACCCCCCGAAGGUCUGUAUCGAGCCUUCGAAGAAUUUGGCUAUCACCCACCACGAGAUCCACGCCAUUGCCUUCCCCAACCGAACGAGGCUUUAUAACGACGGCUCAGGGAUCGAGAGGAUCCCCGGGAGCGGCGCCCUGAAACAUAUCGGCGCUGCAGCGGUCUCGGUAGACCACGGGUUCACCACGGCCUACAUGGGGACGGAGCGUGAAUGCACUAUCCCUGCAGCCGAGCUUGCGGGCAUUAUCUUAGCCCUGCGGCUGGCUAUGGACCACCCACUGCUCUGCGGGCCCCUGGAGGUCUACACUGAUAACCAAGGGGCCCUCAGGAACUUGAUAUCUCCCGGCAUGGGCUCCGGGCAGUACCUGGUGCGGGAGAUCAUUGAUUUACUUGCCGAGAGGCGCCAGGCGUACGGGGACUCCGAGGAGGUGGCAUUCUACUAG